AUGGCCGAUCAUAGUUAUGAGCACGAUAGAAGUAACUGGAACGUUGAUGUUGACGAUUGGAUAACUGAACUCAGUUCUGAUAUCCAAGAGACUGGUGGAAAUACUGGAAUGGAGGAAAUGAGGAAAAAUGUGCCCUCAUCUAGUUCGAAUAAUUUAAGUCAACUGAGUAAGGUUCCUGUAAAUUUGGAGGGUAAAAAAUUGUAUCGAGAUGUUUCAUGCAAGCGCAUUUGUAAAGAGCUUGACACCUUGGUUUCUUUAUCCUUUUUAUUCUUUUCUGUGCAGUUCUUUCUUCUUCGCAUCUCUAUAAGUGAUCUUCUUCUUGAACAUGGUGUCUCAGUCUCUCUUUCUCAAACUGCAUGUGUAGCAUAA